AUGGAAGAUGGUUCUCCUUUCUAUGGCUUUAAAAACAUUUUUGUUACCCUGUUUGCUACUUUUCUUUUCUUCAAGCUCUUAAUUAAAGUCUUUUUGGCUCUCCUAACCCAUUUCUAUGUCGUCAAAGGAAAUAGAAAAGAAGCAGCUAGGAUAGCUGAAGAGAUCUAUGGUGGAAUAUCAGACUGCUGGGCUGAUCGAUCCCCACUUCAUGAAGCUGCAGCCCAGGGGCGCUUACUGGCCCUUAAAACCUUAAUUGCACAGGGUGUCAAUGUGAACCUCGUGACAAUUAACCGGGUUUCUUCCCUCCACGAGGCAUGCCUUGGAGGGCAUGUUGCCUGUGCCAAAGCCUUAUUGGAAAACGGUGCAAAGGUCAAUGCAGUGACGGUUCAUGGAGCCACACCCCUUUUCAGUGCUUGCUGUAGUGGCAGUGCUGCAUGCGUCAACCUGCUGCUGGAGUUUGGAGCCAAGGCCCAGCUAGAAGUGCACCUGGCUUCCCCCAUCCAUGAGGCAGUAAAGAGAGGUCAUAGAGAGUGCAUGGAGAUUCUGCUGGCGAAUAACGUGAAUAUUGAUCAGGAAGUGCCUCAACUUGGAACUCCCCUGUAUGUGGCCUGCACCCACCAAAGGGUAGAUUGUGUGAAGAAACUUCUAGAAUUAGGAGCCAAUGUUGACCAUGGCCAAUGGCUGGACACCCCUCUGCAUGCCGCAGCGAAGCAGUCCAGUGUGGAAGUCAUCCGCCUGCUGAUAGACUACGGGGCUAACCUGAAGUGCAGGAAUGCUCAGGGGAAAAGUGCACUUGAUCUGGCGGCCCCGAAAAGCAGAGUGGAGCAGGUGCUUCUGCUCUGGGAAGGCCCACCUGCUCUUUCCCAGCUCUGUCGCCUGUGUGUCCGAAAGUGCUUGGGUCGAGCGUGUCAUCAAAGCAUCCACAAGCUACAUCUACCGGAGCCACUGCAAAGAUUCCUCCUCUACCAGUAG